AUGGUAUUAGGGAGAGACCCAGAUGGAGUGUUAGGAGAAGAAGAAGUUAAGGAUGGAGUGGUAGGUGGGGAGUUUAUAGACAUAGGAAUGGCAGCUUCAAAUGCUCCUGAAUUUCAUGUAAAUUUCCUUACUUUAUUGGUUGUUACCAAUGUAACCCACUUCACCAUUUUCAGUUUCUUCUUUAAAAAUGCUACUUUGCCUUGUUUUUCACUUCAGGAAAACAUGAAGGUUGGGAAAAUUUACUCUAAAUUCAUGUCCAUGAAGUUCUAUUAUGCUUCAAUGGCUUCUUUUCUUUUUGUCAUAGCUAUUCUUUUCCCUUGUGUUAUUGCCGAUCUUAAUUCCGACAAGCAAGCCCUUCUUGAUUUUAUCAAUGCUGUGCCUCACCGUCGAAACCUGAUGUGGAAUCCAUCCGCCUCAAUCUGUACAUCCAGUGGCGGAGCCAGCGUCCGGCCAGGUAGGGCAGCUGCCCAGGCUCCGCCCGACCAUGUUUCACCAUCUCGCGAUGGAGAUCUUUUAUGGCCAUCUUCCGACACACCAUACCGUAAACAGAUACACACCGCAACACCACUCUUGCCUUUCCGGUUUCCGUUCAAUCAAUUAUCGGUUGUGGUGUUGAAUUUGUUGUUUCGUGCUAUGUCCACCAAUCUUCGUUGCCUAUGGUUUGAUUGGGUCAUUACUGUGAAUGGAAAGAAGGAGAAAAUAGCUUCAGGUUUGUUCAACCCCUUUCACUUCCACUUGAAGGUUGCUCAAGAUCAAAUGGCAAAGGUUGGUUAUUCAAUUGUUCUUGUGCCUGAGCACGAAAGCGAUGCCACAUGGUUUUCCAGAGUAAAUAUUGAAAGGUUUGUUCAUUUUGUGAGCACACCUGAAAUACUGUAA